AGGGGAUGUGUGGGGCGCGUUACACAUUUGUUUUGGCCGUUUCCUUCCUGGUAAUAACACAACAGCGUCUUCUCAAGCUCAACUCAACAUAAACAAAUAAUAAUAGCCCAAUUAUAAUUGAAUUUAUGAUGAUCAUCUCUAACUCAACUUAUAAUUACCCUCAACUCCUCCCCUUGUUCUGAUCUCUCCCCUUCUGAGUAGACUGAGUGUCUUUUCACUACAACAACUAGCAUCAUGAUGAUGCAACACUCAGGUUACAACCUUAGUGAUUUGGUCCAAGAAGCCCAACACCGGUGGUUAAAGCCCCCGGAAGUUCUUUUUAUUUUGAAGAAUUAUGAGGAUAGCCAGCUCACUGAUAAGCCCCUUCAAAAGCCACCUGGUGGAUCGCUCUUUCUCUUUAACAAAAGGGUUCUUCGAUAUUUUCGUAAAGACGGUCAUAGCUGGCGCAGGAAGAAGGAUGGAAGAACAGUUGGAGAAGCACAUGAACGCUUAAAGGUUGGAAAUGCUGAAGCUUUAAAUUGUUAUUAUGCACAUGGAGAGCUAAAUCCUAAUUUUCAAAGGCGUAGUUACUGGAUGCUAGAACCGGCAUAUGAGCACAUUGUUCUUGUUCAUUACAGGGAUAUAACGGAGGUAAGACAUUCUGGAGGAUCCAUUUUACAGUCCUCUCCUGGAUCUUAUUCUACUUUAAAUCAGAGCCCCAGCUCAUAUACCACUCAGGUUCCUGGCACUACAAGUUUUGCUCCAGAGUUUCAAGAACAAAUUCAGAUUUUAUCAAACCCUGGUUCUGUAAACGGUAGUUUUCAGUCAGACAUCAAGAAUGAUAUGAUAAAUAUUUCUGAUGUAAUAGAAAGAAAUGAAGAGAUAUAUAGUUCACCGAAGGUUGACAUUAAUCAAGCACUGAAAAGGCUCACACAGCAGCUAAGCUUAGAAGAUAAUUGCUCCGGAGAUAAUGAAUCAUUCUAUGAUGAUAAUGGUGUCUCGCAUGAUACAGAAUAUAAUGUACAUGGUCAAAGUUCUAUUUUUCCCAAUCAGCUGCAAGAUGAUUCAGAUCAUCGUAUUGCACAGCUAUUUCCAGGUGAUGGCAAAGGACACUAUUGGCAACCGUUUGAGGAUGACUUUUCAUGUAAUGAAGAAAAUGCGAUUCUGAAUGAAUUGCUAGGCUCCUAUAAUAAUGCAGCACCUGCUGGGUCACAAGAGACACAUCUGCACAUACCAAAUGAGAAUGAAGCAUUCCUUUCUCCGUCAAGUAAAAAGCCAGUUGAAGAGGAAGAAAGCUUUGAAUGGGCAGAUUUAGCUGUAAACGAUACUUUUAGCUGUCCAACUUCAGUGCUGCUGCCGGAAGAAGCUGAAUACUUCAAAAUUGCUACAUAUUCCCCUUCGAUGAAUGUCUACGGGAUUAACUCUGAUCAUUAUUCAACAGUAUUUGAACAAGUUCCAACAGAAAGGCCUCUUGAAGAAAAUCCAAGUUUGACUGUCUCUCAAAAGCAGCUAUUUACAAUUCAUGAAAUAUCACCUGAAUGGGGUUAUGCUCAUGAGGCUACUAAGGUUAUUGUUAUUGGAUCAUUUCUCUGUGAUCCAUCAGAUCAUGUCUGGACCUGUAUGUUUGGUGAAAUUGAAGUUCCUGUUCAGAUUAUUCACGAUGGUGUUAUUCGUUGUCAAGCCCCUCCUAGCUUGCCUGGAAAAGUUACGCUAUGUCUUACCUCUAGCAAUCGAGAAUCUUGUAGUGAAGUCAGGGAGUUUGAGUACCGUGAAUGUCCGAGUAGUUUGCCUCACAGUAAAUUGCUUGAAGCAGAAGCAAGCAAGGAUUCUGAAGAACUUCUGUUUCUUGUCAGAUUCGUGCAAAUGCUUCUUUCUGAUCCGUUAAUAUCUAAAAGGGAAAUCUCUGGAUCAGGAAUUGAGUUGCUAGGGAACGUUGAAGGUAAUGAAGAAUUGUGGAGCGGGGUUAUAGAGUCUCUUUUAGCUGGUAACUGCACUUCUUCUGGCAUAGCAAAUUGGCUUCUUCAAGAACUUCUGAAAGACAAGUUGCAACAAUGGCUUUCUUCAAGACUGCAGCAAGUAAAUGACCUGCAAGGAGGUUCCUUUUCCAAGAAAGAGCAAGGUAUAAUCCACAUGGUUGCAGGAAUGGGCUAUGAAUGGGCUUUGAAACCAAUACUGAAUUCUGGAGUCAAUGUCAAUUAUCGUGACACUAAUGGUUUUACCGCUCUCCAUUGGGCUGCACGUUUUGGGAGAGAGGAAAUGGUAGCUGCUCUCAUAGCAUCUGGUGCCUCAGCUGAGGCUGUUACUGAUCCUACCAAAGAAGCUCCAACUGGUAAAACACCGGCAUCCAUUGCUGCGGAAUAUGGAUACUUGGGUCUUGCAGGUUAUCUUUCUGAGGUGUCACUAACAAGCCAUCUUUCAUCCCUCACUAUAGCAGAAAGUGAAUUGUCUAAAAACUCCGCUAGUUUAGAAGCAGAAAGAACUAUAAAUAGCAUCUCUGACAUAAGUACAAUAACAUCUGAGGAUCAGCAGUCUUUUAGGGACUCCUUAGCUGCAGUACGAAAUACAGCUGAGGCUGCUGCACGUAUUCAAGCUGCUUUCCGUGCCCAUUCUUUCAGGAAGAGAAAAUUAAAAGAAGCUGCUGCUGCAGCUUUUAUGGCUAAUGUUGAUAGUCAAGAUCAGUACAGUCUCCUCUCAAAUGAUGCACAGAGUCUUUCAGCUGCAUCAAAACUGUUUUUCCGUAACACUCGUGAUUACAAUAAUGCUGCUUUAUCUAUACAGAAGAAAUAUCGUGGAUGGAAAAGUCGUAGGGAUUUCCUUGCAUUUCGCCAAAAAGUUGUGAAGAUACAGGCUCAUGUCAGAGGGCAUCAGGUUCGGAAAUAUUAUAAGGUAAUCUGCUGGGCUGUUGGUAUUCUGGAAAAGGUUGUUUUAAGGUGGAGACGAGGAGGAGUUGGUCUCCGAGGAUUUCGGAAUGAAUCAGAAUCAAUUGAUGGAAUUGAAGAUAAAGAUGAAGACAUUGUGACAGUGUUUCGUAAACAAAAAAUACUGAGUAUUGAUGAAGCUGUGGCAAGGGUACUAUCGAUGGUCACAUCCUCAGAGGCACGACAACAAUAUCGCCGCAUGCUUGACAAAUAUCGCCAAGCUAAGGCUGAACUUGGAGGGCCGGCAAAUGCUGCGGCAGCAGGAGAAGCAGCAUCGACUUCUCUUGAUAUGUCCAACAUGGAAAGUGAUGGCACAUACUAGUCUCUUGUACAUUUGAAACUUCCUAGCUUCUUUAGUUAGUUUUUAAACUAAGUUUUUACUAGGGCACCUGUAUUCUCAGCUCUGGGUUCCUUUUGGUUGGUUUAAGUCGGCAUGUAAGGCUUGUAGCUGUACAGUUGAUGUGUAGUGUUCAGUACUUUGAAAAUAAGUCCAUAUGAUAACCA